AUGAAGACAUCCUUCCUCUCAACCCUCUCUCUCGCCGCGCUGGGCGCGGCAACACAAGUUCUUUUGCCUCUCUAUGUAUACCCUCUCACUGGUGUUUGGGACCCCGUUUACAAUGCCAUUGAGGAAAACCCCGAUAUGCUAUUCCGCGUGAUUGUGAACGUCGACUCCGGGCCUGGCGGUGAUGAAUAUCCCGCGAGCGAUUACAUCGACGCAAUCGCGCAGCUGAACUCGUAUGACAAUGUUGUCACGCUGGGAUACGUGCACACCUUGUACACCGAGGCGCCGCUCAGCACCCUCGAAGCCAACGUCAGCACAUACGCCGGCUGGAACGACUACUCGGGCGGCAGCAACAUCACCAUUCACGGCAUCUUCUUCGACGAGGCACCGUAUGAGGAUGACUCGUCGUACACCGAGUACAUGACCUCGGCGGCUAACUACGCCACCAGCCUUGCAUUGGACUAUGUUGUCUUCAACCCAGGCACCAUCACCACCGUCGCUGCUUACUACGACGCUGCCAACCUGAUCUUGAACAAGGAGAUUAGCUUUGAUGACUGGUCCACCAGCACCGUCUCCGACAUCCCAGAGGAGUACCGCGGCCAGUCGGCUGUGAUGAUCCACGACUUUACCGAUAUCAGCGACAUCUCGUCGGUUGUGAGCACCGUUGUCGACUAUGGCAUUGCUGCGUUUUAUGCCACCGAGGACUGCUGCUACAAUGCGAUUGACUCGACUCUGUUGGAUGACCUUGCGUCGGAGCUGACGGAGCUGAGCUGA